CGAGAUAAAUAAUGUAUAGAAAAAUAUCAAUAUGUAUACAUAUGUAUUCUUAUGUCCAUAAAAAAUAUACAGAUGUAUCUCAAUCUCGCAACAUUUGCUAAUUAAGUCCUCAUAAAAUUACACAUUGUAAAAGUGAAUAUUGCCAAAAGUUGCUAAAAUUAAGAAGUUUUUUACUUAUUAAGUUUUGAGUUAGGGAAAGCAGAGCCAAGGGUUGGGCAACAGCAGAUAUUAUAUCACUAGUUACAAUGGAUUUUCCAACAGACGAAUUAUUAAGAGAAGUUUUACAGUACCCAGCUGUAAAAAAUAUAAAGGUUACCGUAAACUCCUGUGCAAAAUAUGCAGCGAUAGUCGGUGGAUCGACAUUUCUUGGUGGUAUAAUUGCUGGACCACUCGGACUUGCACUGGGUGGCGUAGCUAGUAGUAUUAUAUCAGCAGCUGUUGGAUGUAAUGAAUUUAAAUCUGCUCCACAUAUCAUUUUGUACGAAACUACUCCAGUACAAAGAGAAAAACUAGCACUAUUAAUAGUUAAGUUCCUUAAUUUAAAACAUAUUUGGACUCUUAGAGAUCUCUUAUGUUUUAGUAAGGAAGAAUUGGCAUUAGGGAUAAUACCUAUAAUAGUAAAAUUUUUAACCGAUGAUAUGCAUUAUUCGAUAGCAAACUGAUCGUGGAUUGGAAAGAGAGAUCGUCCUGUAUAAAAUUUAUUGACCAAUAUAAAAUCUAUAAUUAUUUUUGACAAGAAUGAAUAUUUGUAAUUAUUGAAAUAAUUACUUCAAGAAAAACUUUACGUCUUUAUUUAUGUAUAUUCGCGACUUGGAGACCGCUGGUACACAGAAAAUAGAAUUUAGUGAAACAAAAAUAAUCUAAAUAAGGAGAGAUCCAUAUUAUUGUACCCUUGAAUAUAAAUUGUAUUUCGGGUUACAAGGUCUAAGAACGAAGGAACUAAUAAAUAGAUUCCUAUUUAUGUUCCUUGUAGUCUUUAGCUAGAGAUACAAGGUUAACUUUUUUGGUAAUGUUCUUUUGCUGUAUAUAUAUAUAUAUAUAUGUAUGAACGUGCUCCCUAUUCUAUUGUAUUGUAACACUAAGAGAGUGAGGAUCCGGAUCAGCAUAAACUUAUACAUUAUACUUAUACUUAUACCUUUAUUUAUUUCAAUAUAUCUUUCUAUUACAAA